UCCUCUCCAAAAUAAGCUGUCAAAUAACUUCUCACCAUGUCACGCUCAAUGAUGCAACCUCAAAUUAUCCUUCUUAAAGAGGGCACAGACACUUCUCAGGGAACCGGUCAGCUUCUUUCCAACAUCAAUGCCUGUGCUGCAGUUGUUGAUACAGUAAAGACCACUCUUGGUCCCAGAGGCAUGGACAAGCUGAUGGUCGAUGGCAGAGGCCAGGUCACCAUUUCCAAUGACGGUGCUACCAUCAUGAAGCUUCUUGAUAUUGUUCACCCUGCUGCAAAGACCCUCGUUGACAUUGCCCGCUCUCAGGAUGCCGAGGUCGGUGAUGGUACUACCAGUGUGGUGCUUCUCGCUGGUGAGUUGUUGAAGGAGAUCAAGGGCUACGUCGAGGAGGGUGUGAGCCCCCAUGUUAUCAUCAAGGGUUACCGUAAUGCUGCUCGUCUGGCUAUUAACAAGAUCAAGGAAUUGGCUAUUACAGUCAACAAGGAUAACAAGACUGAGUUCCGCGAUUUGUUGUCCAAGUGUGCUGCCACUGCCAUGUCUUCCAAGCUUAUCUACUCUCAAAGCGAUUUCUUCACCAAGAUGGUCGUAGAUGCAGUUUUAUCUCUUGAUCAGGACAGCCUGAACGAGCGUUUGAUUGGUAUCAAGCGUGUUCCCGGUGGUGCCAUGCAGGAGUCUCUUUUGAUUAACGGUGUUGCUUUUAAGAAGACAUUCUCUUAUGCUGGUUUUGAGCAGCAGCCCAAGUCUUUCAAGAACCCCAAGGUUCUUUGCUUGAAUGUUGAACUCGAAUUGAAGGCUGAAAAAGAUAACGCAGAGGUGCGUGUUGAGGAAGUCUCCGAAUACCAGGCUAUUGUCGACGCAGAAUGGCAGAUUAUCUUCCAGAAACUUGAGGCUAUUGUUGCUAGCGGUGCCAAGGUUGUUCUUUCCAAGUUGCCAAUCGGUGAUUUGGCUACCCAGUACUUUGCUGAUCGUGAUAUCUUCUGUGCUGGCCGUGUAGCCAAGGAUGACAUUGAUCGUGUUCUCCAGGCUCUCGGUGGUUCCGUCCAAUCCACUUGCUCUGACCUUCGCCCUAUCCACCUUGGUCAGUGCGCUACCUUUGAGGAGAAGCAGGUCGGCGGUGAGCGUUUCAACAUCUUCGAAGGCUGUCCCCAGGCCAAGACCUGUACACUUAUCCUUCGUGGUGGUGCUGAGCAGUUUAUUGCUGAGGUAGAGCGUUCUCUGCACGAUGCCAUUAUGAUUGUUCGUCGUGCAAUCAAGAACAACAUGGUUGUUGCCGGUGGUGGAGCUUGUGAGAUGGAGAUCUCGAAAUACCUGCGUGAACAUUCCCGUACCAUUGAAGGCAAACAGCAGCUCAUUAUUGGCGCAUUUGCAAAGGCCCUCGAAGUUAUUCCCAGACAAUUGUGUGACAAUGCCGGUUUUGAUGCUACAGAUAUUCUCAACAGAUUGAGAAUGAAGCACGCUCAGGGUGGAACCUGGUUUGGUGUUGAUAUCAACAACGAGACUAUCGCAGAUAACUAUUUGGCAUUUGUGUGGGAGCCCGCGCUGGUAAAGACCAACGCUAUUGCAGCUGCUGCAGAGGCAGCAUGCCUGAUCUUGUCUGUAGAUGAGACAGUAAAGAACGCACAAAGUGAGAAGCCUGGAGCUCAGCAGGCACCCCGUGGUGGUAUGGGUCGUGGCCGUGGUAUGCCUAGACGAUAAAAAACAUAUAUACAUAUAUACAAGAAAACCCAAUCCCAAUCCCAUUUCCUUUUCUUUUCUUUUUCCUAUAAAAAAAUACAUACACAACCAAAAAGGAUAAAGAUUGACUGUAUUUGACUUGAAUAGGCGCCAAUAAAUAGCGGAGUGGAAGGGUUCAUAGAGUUUGGGGUAGCUUAUCCUUGAUUAAUACACUCAAUUUAUUCUAUU